AUGAACGUCAACCAGUCAGCUCCUCCUAUGCCACCAUAUGGGCAGUCCCAGCCUGUUUACCCAGGAUAUCCUCAGUCCAGCUAUGGUGGGCAGCCAGGGUCCACAAUGUCCCCCACCCCUUAUGGAGCUUCAUACAAUGGCCCAGUACCAGGCUAUCAGCAAACACCUCCCCCAGGUGUGUCGAGAGCCCCACCUUCCUCAGGGGCACCUCCAGCCUCACCAGCACAGGCCUAUGGUCAGUUUGGCCAGGGAGAUGUGCAGAAUGGGCCGAGUUCCACUGUUCAGAUGCAGAGGCACCCUGGAUCUCAGCCAUUUGGUUCAGCUCCACUGGCCCCUAUGGUCAGCCAGCCAGCUGUACUUCAUCCCUACGGCCCUCCCCCGACAAGUACAGAGGUGACUGCUCAGCUGGCAGGAAUGCAUCUCAGUGGUGCAGCAGCCCCAGCCCCGCCCCCUGCUGGGCUGGCCUACAGCCCACCAGCAUCACUGGCCUCAGCCUCAGGAAGUUUCCCUAACUCUGGUCUAUAUGGCUCCUAUCCUCAGGGCCAGGCUUCUCCUCUUAACCUGGCCCAGGGUCAUCCUGGGGCUCAGCCUCCCCAGCGAUCUGCCCCACCGCAGGCUCCCAGCUUUACAUCUCCAGCUUCAGGAGGUCCUCGGAUGCCUUCAGUGACUGGUCCACUUCUGCCUGGACAGGGUUUUGGGGGGCCCCCAGUGAGCCAGCCCAACCAUGUGUCUUCACCUCCUCCUCAAGCUUUGCCUCCUAGCACGCAGAUGGCUGGGCCCCCAGGACCACCACUACCUAUGCACUCCUCCCAACCAGGCUAUCAGCUGCAACAGAAUGGUUCCUUUGGACCAGUACGGGGCCCUCAGCCCAACUAUGGAAGUCCUUACCCUGGAACACCCACCUUUGGCAGCCAGCCAGGGCCUCCCCAGCCACUGCCUCCUAAGCGCCUGGAUCCUGAUGCCAUCCCAAGCCCUAUUCAGGUCAUUGAGGAUGAUAGGAACAACCGGGGUUCAGAGCCAUUUGUUACUGGAGUCCGGGGCCAGAUGCCACCCUUAGUCACCACCAACUUUCAGGUGAAAGACCAAGGAAAUGCAAGUCCUCGAUACAUCCGGUGCACAUCCUAUAAUAUCCCAUGCACAUCUGACAUGGCUAAGCAGGCUCAGGUGCCCCUGGCAGCUGUCAUCAAGCCUUUGGCAAGGCUGCCCCCAGAAGAGGCUUCACCGUAUGUCGUGGAUCACGGGGAAUCUGGGCCUUUGCGCUGCAAUCGCUGCAAAGCGUACAUGUGUCCCUUUAUGCAGUUCAUUGAGGGAGGGAGGCGUUUCCAGUGCUGCUUUUGCAGCUGUAUCAAUGAUGUUCCCCCCCAGUAUUUUCAACAUCUGGAUCAUACAGGCAAACGUGUGGAUGCUUAUGACCGUCCUGAGCUCUCUCUGGGCUCUUACGAAUUCUUGGCUACUGUAGAUUAUUGCAAGAAUAAUAAGUUUCCCAGUCCUCCUGCCUUCAUCUUCAUGAUUGAUGUCUCCUACAAUGCCAUCAGGAGUGGUCUUGUCAGACUCCUCUGUGAGGAGCUCAAGACCCUGUUGGACUUUCUGCCUAGGGAGGGCGGGGCAGAAGAGUCUGCAAUCCGGGUUGGAUUUGUCACCUACAAUAAGGUGCUCCAUUUCUACAAUGUGAAGAGUUCAUUGGCUCAGCCACAGAUGAUGGUCGUGUCUGAUGUGGCUGACAUGUUUGUACCACUCCUGGAUGGCUUCCUGGUCAAUGUCAAUGAGUCCCGGACAGUCAUCACCAGCCUCUUGGACCAGAUUCCAGAAAUGUUUGCAGACACAAGAGAGACAGAGACAGUAUUUGCUCCAGUUAUCCAGGCUGGAAUGGAGGCUCUGAAGGCUGCUGAAUGUGCAGGGAAGCUGUUUCUGUUCCACACAUCCCUGCCCAUUGCAGAGGCACCAGGAAAAUUGAAGAACAGGGAUGACAGGAAGCUGAUCAACACAGACAAGGAGAAGACUCUGUUCCAGCCUCAGACAGGUGCCUAUCAGACGCUGGCCAAAGAGUGUGUGGCCCAGGGCUGCUGUGUAGACCUCUUCCUCUUCCCUGUGGAGAACGACCAGGAACGGUUCCUGAGUGAUCUGUGUCGGGAUGUGCAGAAGGUUGUUGGCUUUGAUGCUGUGAUGCGGGUCCGGACAAGCACCGGUAUCCGUGCUGUAGAUUUCUUUGGGGCUUUCUACAUGAGCAACACAACAGAUGUGGAGUUGGCUGGGCUGGAUGUGGACAAGACGGUGACUGUGGAGUUCAAGCAUGAUGAUCGGCUUAAUGAAGAGAGUGGAGCCCUCCUGCAGUGUGCCCUGCUCUACACUAGCUGUUCAGGGCAGCGUCGGCUCCGUAUCCACAAUCUAGCCCUCAACUGCUGCACCCAGCUGGCUGAUCUGUAUCGAAACUGUGAGACCGACACACUCAUCAACUACAUGGCCAAGUUUGCAUACCGGGGUGUCCUAAACAGCCCUGUGAAGACUGUUCGCGACACUCUCAUCACCCAAUGUGCCCAGAUCUUGGCCUGUUACCGGAAGAACUGUGCCAGCCCUUCCUCUGCAGGACAGUUGAUCCUUCCUGAGUGCAUGAAGUUACUCCCAGUUUACCUGAACUGUGUAUUGAAGAGUGAUGUCCUGCAGCCUGGAGCUGAAGUGACCACUGAUGACCAUGCCUAUGUCCGACAAUUGGUUACCUCCAUGGAUGUGGCUGAGACCAAUGUCUUCUUCUACCCUCGACUGUUGCCAUUGACAAAAGCUCCCAUUGAGAAUACCACGGAACCACCAGCAGUUCGAGCAUCUGAAGAGCGUCUAAGCAAUGGCGAUAUAUAUUUGCUGGAGAAUGGGCUCAACCUUUUCCUGUGGGUGGGAGCAAGCGUCCAGCAAGGUGUUGUCCAAAGCCUCUUUAACGUCUCUUCCUUCAGUCACAUUACGAGUGGUUUGAGUGUUUUGCCAGUUCUGGAUAAUCCGCUGUCCAAGAAGGUGCGAGGCCUCAUUGAUAGUUUAAGGGCACAGAGAUCGCGUUACAUGAAGCUGAUUGUGGUCAAACAAGAAGACAAGCUCGAGAUGCUGUUCAAGCACUUCCUGGUGGAAGACAAGAACCUGAGUGGGGGAGCAUCCUAUGUGGACUUUCUCUGUCACAUGCACAAGGAAAUUCAGCAGCUACUGAGCUAG